AUAAUAUACUAGAUAUGUACAGAUAACAGGCACCUACAUGUGAUAGACAGACAUACCUACCUGGCUAUACUCUAAAUGGUGUUAUUAAACAGUGAUAAACAGAUAAUACAGUACACUGUAGUGCGCAAUCUGACAGUGGCAAAGCCCUUGAAAGCCUUGGAUGUUGGCCUAAGAUGCAAUCGCUUGGUUAACAGUAAACGGAUUAAUAUGAAGGUUGCAGAUUGUUGAUACUAGAAUAGCCUGCAAUGAAUCAGAGAAUAUUACUAUACUAUCGUACAUUGAACAUACAUAUAUAAGCGUUCAUUUGGCUGCUUGGUAAGUCUAAGGAACGACUCUGAACGCUGAUAUUCUGCGAGGAUAUACAUUGCACGAGUGCAUCAGGGGAUUAGAGGAUUAACUCGGGAUAAUCCAUGAUAUAGGGAUAAGGAAACGCCACAAGGUAUCAGCAAGACGAAUUUGAAACUGGAACCCUGACCAAUGAGUAGCUUAAGUGCAAUACCUGACUUAGACCACACGAUUUUAUGUCAGUUUUAGAGGUUUCAGCAACCAUUGGUAUCUUGGUGCAUAUAUGCGGUUUGGAAAGUGCAGUUCUCCAACUACUAGCCACGGCACAUGACUCAGUCACUCGUCAACCAACCGGUGCAAAAGCAGGCUAAUUAAUUUGGUUUUUAGUGAGACAGAAACAACAUUUUGCGGACUACUUCUUUAAGUACCUUGGUGACAUUUUCGGCGUAUUAAAAGCCCGACUGUGUGUUGGUUUAAUGGUUUAUGCGCUGAAUCAAAAUGGGAAAUAUAUUUUAAUAUAACCGACUAGCCAAUCACAUGUUUUGAAAAGUUUAACCACAAGUUUUAAGGUGAAACAUGUUUUAGAAUAAUAUAACAUAUAGUGGAAGUUGACUUACGUUAGAACUAAGAUAGACAGGGAACAGCAAACAGUGAACUUCGAUACUGUUACUUGGAAAGAUUACACUAAUAAACUGGGCACUUUAGUUAAAGACAUGGAAAGUACAAGAACAGCUGUUUAGGGAAAUCUUGAAACAAUAACCAACUUGUACAUAGGGGUUAAUGAUACACUCAUGUGCGAUAUUUUAAUUUUAUGAUCUGACAGUAACUAUAUCAAGAUGACUAGGAUAACCGAGGGAUUAUUACAGACAUUAGCAUGUGUGGCAGUAGCUGGACUACUGAUCGCCUUGCCCGGGGGUCAGGCUACCCCCCUAAGGAGAACCAAACAGGAAGAGACUAUAAAAGAAACAGAGAAGCACCGGACGAAACGAGAAGACGAUGGUGAUGCUGGUAGUCUUCAUGCAAGGGGAAUACGAAGCGAUGACUGGAAAACUAGAGAAAAUAGUUUCCUUCAAAACUUCGGCUACUUCCCGAAGUCCGAUCUCGAGACGGGGGCCUUACGUUCGGAAGAAGAAUUCAAGAAGGCGGUCAGAGCAAUGCAGAAGAUCGCAAAUAUCCCCCAGACGGGAGAACUCGACGAAGCAACGGUGGAAAAGAUGAAUUCCCCCCGUUGCGGAUUACCUGAUACAAUUGAUGAAACAAACGAAGAUGGCUGGUCCAAGAAGCGCAGGAAGAAACGAUAUAAUCAUUCGAGUGAGAAGUGGCGUAAAAAUCAUUUGACGUACAGGUUUCUAAACUAUUCACCUAAAUUGUCCCGUUACACUAUAGAAGACGCUAUAGACAAAGCAUUCAGGGUAUGGAGUGGAGUCACUAACUUAGAUUUCUCUAAGAUUGACACAGCUGAUCAUGCUGAUAUCUACCUACUCUUUGGUAGGCACUUCCAUAAUGAUGGCUAUCCUUUUGAUGGACAAGGUAUGGUGCUGGCUCAUGCAUUUUUCCCGGGGACUGACGAUCGUGCUGGAGACACACAUUUUGACGCUGAUGAGCCAUGGACAGUUGGGUCAAAAAAUGGUAUCAAUUUAUUCUCAGUUGCUGCCCAUGAGUUUGGCCAUGCGCUGGGUCUGGCCCAUAGUGGAGUUGUGGGCUCACUCAUGUAUCCAUGGUACCAGGGCUUUGUUGAGAACUUCCAAUUGCACCCUGAUGAUAUCCAAGGCAUACAAACACUUUAUGGGGUAAGAUACAAUAACAAUCUUCCACCUAGGAGGCCAGAGAUCCCAGUCAUUCCAUCAACAACAGCAAUGGUCCCUCGAAGACCUCCUACUACGAGAACUACUACUACAACAACUACUACACGGCGACCUUACACUUACAGACCACGCCCACGUACACGGCGACCAUAUGUGCCCCGCACUACCCCUAAACCUGAUGGGAAGCCUGACAAUUGUAACGUUGUCAUAGAAGCUGCUGAUGUUGUACGUGGAGAACUGAUGUUAUUCAGUGGGAAGUGGUUCUGGAGAAGAAAUGAAGAGGGAAUUCUCAACGGUUAUCCCGUUCUUAUAAGUGAAUUCUGGGUAGGCUAUCCCCAGGACCAACAUGUGGAUGCCAUCUAUGAACGACGAGAUGGAAAAAUUGUAAUUUUCUAUGGUGCACAUUAUUGGUUGUUUGACGGAAACCAACUUGAGAGAAAUUUUGACCCGAAAGGCAACCCACUGACAGAUUAUGGCUUGCCAACUGGUCUCUCAAAAAUAGACGCUAUAUGGAGGUGGGGUCACAAUGAACGAAUCUAUAUGAUUAGUGGCAAUAUGUACUGGAAAUUGAGCCAUCGCAACAAAGUUGAACGAAAUUACCCAAGAGAUUUGAGUGUAUGGGGAGGUGUCCCUGUAUCACCUGAUGCUGCUUUCCAGUUUUGGGAUGGCCGGACAUAUUUCUUCAAGGGCAAACAGUACUGGGAAUUUAACGAUGGCGUCAUGAGGACGAGAAAGAGUUCACCCCGACCCCUAGCUGGCCUAUGGAUGGGGUGCUCUGAUCUCCCUACGACGGAGACUUCAAAUGAAAUUCCAAUAUUUCCCGCGGGUGAUGAGCAACCGCGAGUCCAUGGAUCUGGACAAACAGACAAUAAUUCAAACAGCGCAAAUGGCGUUCAAAAGUGUUGUGGAAUGAAGCAAUAUUACGUUUUACUGUUAUCAGCAUUUGUGUAUUUAUUUACGCGAAACAACCAGAAUUUUUCAUAGCGAACAUGUACGAAAGUAUCAUUCAUUUUAAAUGAAAAUUAAGGUUAGUAAAUUGGCACUAUGAAAAAGUGUUUAUAUUGUAGUACAGGUGUUCAUAUUUAAGGGGUGUUCUUAUUUCAACAGAGACAGAGAGGUGUUCACAUUUCACAUUUCAACAGAGAAGAUGAUAAUUUUAACAGAUUUCAAAUUUCAAAAACACUUCUCAAUGUAAACACCUCACAAUGUGAACACCCCUCUAUGUAAACACAUCUCCAUGUAAACACCUCUUUAUAUGAACACUUAUCAAUAUAAACACCUCACAAUGUGAAAAUGUAGCUAUUCUUGGCAAAUUCACUUUAUGCAGAUUUUACCAGUAUAGUGUAUGCAGCAUUUAAGAUUUUGUUAUAAAUCCCAGUUCACCAAUUUGGUGAAAAUGUCAUUUCACAAUUCAGUUUUAGAGGUUGUCUCACAUGUUUUACACCUACUUCAACAAAAAAUCCAUUUCUGCUGACCGUCCACCCUUUUUAACAAGACUUUUGAAGUGCAAUUUUUAAAAAUGAUCUAGCAAUUUUUCGUGCACAAAACAGUCUUUCACUACCCAACUCCAAAUGAAUGCAAUUUUGUGUAGAAUUAAGUGUGUAACAUAUGAGACAAGGCCCAAGGAAGUACCUCUGCUCAUCUCUAAAGCAUGCCAAAUGUACAGUGGAUACCAGGCCCAUGCCUACAUUGAGGCUGCUAAGGCAUUUGCCUCAUUCAGGAUUCUUGCCUCAAGAGUUUUAAUUUUUCAGCCAACAAUAUGAUCAUGUGAAAUUAUUUUUGCAUCGGUAAAAUUUUGCCCCAAAAUAUGGGCCUUGAUACAGUAUAAGAUUAACUUGCCUUUUAAGUCUUCCUUUUUCAUUUCUCUCUUUGCAUUCUCAUUUCAAAAGUUUCUACUGAUAUUUUGCUUAUAUGCCCAUGGGGGUUUAUUUGGAAGAAAGGUACAUACAGGUGUAUUUUUGAAGAGCUUUCAAAUAAAUGCCCAACAAGGGAAGCAUUUGAGCAAAAACUUCCAACAGUUCUGUACCAUGGAGGCCAUUUUAAAAUGCUAUCAGAAAUAC